GCAGAAUGCGGAUGUAGAUUGACGUGCCAAAAAGGAUACGGAGCUCAGCAAGGGGAUAACUGCGCCUCGGUUGCAGCUGCGCACCACAUCUCUUUGAGUUCGUUCAAAGCUAUGAACCCAGGCAUCAACUGUUACUAUUUCUUCGUCGGCCAAUGGCUUUGCGUCAAAGGCACUACUGCAGCACUGUGA